AUGGCAGCAAUUCACAUUCAACAAUUGAAGGAAAAGAUUUCCAAAGAGAAGCAAUUGCAAGUAUGUAUUAGAAUCUUAUAAUUACUGCAGUACAUUGUCCCUUGAUUCAGAUCAAGGUAGAUGACCAUCUAUAGACAAUGUACUUUAAUCCUUUACUGGUUUUGAAUGUACACACAGUAACACCCAUAAAGCAAUUUAUGGCAGUACUUAGCUACCACUGAUGAGUAGAGUCUCCUGGCAUGGCAUGUAGACAGAGUAAAUACUACAGUACAGUGUGUUGCCAGGUAACCCUUUAAGUGGCAAUGUUCCCAGACGUGCCCUACUUUGUUAUUGUACUAGCUUUGUCUAACACCAGUUGAUUUUAUUUGUCAGUGGAGUUCUGCCACUCAAUGGGUUAAUCAGACUAUCUGCCCAUGCACAUUACUUUGUAAUUUUAUUCUGUCUAACACCAGAUGAUUUUACAUGUCAGGGGAGGAGUGCUGCCACUCAAUCAUCUAUGCACUCAAUGGGUUAAUGAGUUAAUGAGUUAAAAAUUUCACCAGUAUAACAGUACCUUCACUAUUAAUUCCUAUACCUCAGAUUAGCAACAGUGUAAGAUUUGGGAAUUAUGUCUUUUUAUUGUGUAUAUAAACUGAAAUAUGUAAUCAAUAACUACUUUAUGUUUAAAGAUUCAUUCUAGCAGUGAAUCGGAAUGCAGUGGCUCUGACAACAACUUGAGCAGCUCUGACAGUGAGUUGGAUGCAAGAGACAUCAUUGCUUCAAAGGACAAGGAGAUAAAAAAAUUAAAAAGAACUAUCAACAGUACGAGAGGUAUAAAAUAAUAUAUAUCAAGUAUGCCAUGGUUUUGUUAUGUAGAUACACAACAUGAGAAGUAGUUGUGAGGAGUGGGUGAUUCGAUCAACUACCUGAACAUAAAAAACAAAUUCUUAGAUGUUUCAAGUGAAUUAAGGCCCUUUGUCAAGACGUUAGUGACUUCUUAUAUAACAAAGGGCUUUUGCUAAAAAGAUGGAAUAAUUUGUUUUCAAUUUUCAUGUAGUUGAAUCACCAACUGUAUAGAUGGUGUUCUCUUAAGAGAAUAAUUUGUGUGACUUCUUUAUUUUAAUUUAAUUUUUAUGUAGAUGUGAGCACACUACACAAUGCAUUCCAAGACCUGAAAAAAACUGUCCUAUCACUUCAAAGGACUGUAGAGGAGAACUGUGUGGGCACAAGGCCACUAAGUGAAACAAAGAUGCCCACUACACCUGUAACUCAAGUUAAACCUGAGAGACACCUGAAGAAACCUGUGAUUUCAUCACCUGUUCCUCAAUGUGAAACAAAGGCACAUUCUUCCCCAUCCAACAGUUCAGAUAGUGAAGUGGAUAAAUUAUCUUUACUGACCAACAAAAGCAACAAAUGUUGGUGUUCAAACAAAAAAAAGCAUGAAACUGCAUCAACCCACCAUUUUAUUUCCAAACAAAUACCUUCACUCUCUUUUUCUAAGUCACAAAUGUAAUGGUUGAUGCAAUUGUAAUAAGUUUAGUUAUGUAUUUUCUUUUUAGGUAUUUCUUUGCCCUUCCAUCCAAGUCACAAAAGGACAAAUGGGGCUGUUGAAAACCAAGUUGACAGCCAAGGAUUUCAUCUACAGUUUGAUGCCCAUGCUAUGGAGCAGAGAGGUGUUAAGCACACAUUCUGUCACUGGGCGCACUUCAAAUGCGCACAAAGACAAAAAGCCAAAGCCGCAACUUUUCAUGGACAACGAGAAAAUUGA